UCCUGCAGCCUCCUCCCGCCCGCCUGCAGCUCCUUCCGCCGCUCCCUGAGGCAGCCCAUGGCCGGACCCUGCUCGGCGCGGCUGCAGGGCGACGUGGCCGCCUUCAGCGCUGCCCUGCGCACCCUGGUCAACAACCCCCAGUUCAGUGAUGUGAUGUUUGUGGUGGGCCAGGAGCAGCAGAAGGUGUUUGCACACCGCUGUGUGCUGGCGUGCCGCUGUCAGGCAUUCCGUGGGAUGCUCAGCCAGGCACCAGUGGGCAGCCAGGACUCCUCCAGCAGCAUCCCACCCCAGGGCCCCUUCAUCCUGGGCAACGUGCAGCCUGAGGUCUUCCUGGCCGUCAUUGAGUUCCUCUACACCAACAGUGUCACCCUCAACAGCCACAUAGCACUGGAGGUGCUGACCUCCUCGGUGGAGUACGGCUUGCAGGACCUGUGCAAGCUCUGUGUCAAGUUCAUCAAGGACACACUGAGUGUGGAGCAGGUCUGCGAGGCCUUGCAGGCUGCUGUGACCUAUGGGCAGGUGGACCUCCAGCAGCACUGCCUGGCCUUCAUCGAGGGCAGCACCGCGGCAGUGGUGCGGACACAGGGCUUCCGUGAGCUCUCUGACGUGGUGCUGGCACGGGUGCUGCGCAGUGACCGCCUGGCCGUGGACGAGCUGGACCUGGUGCAGGCUGUGCGGGAGUGGGCACACGUCAGCUCAGCUGUCCUAGAGCGUCCGGUGCCAGAGGUGGCUGCCCUGCCCGUGAGGGAGCUACGUCUGCCCUUGCUGGCACCCAGCGAACUGGUGACACUGGAGAGCUACAACCAGCAGGACCUCCUCAUCCCGGUGGAGAACAUCGCGGCAGCCUGGCGUGCCCACGCACUGAGGAAGGGCAGUGGGGUGCCCUCCCGCCUCUGCCGUCCCCGCCGGGGCACGCGGCCCCGCGACCAUCACCGUCACCUCGAGCCACACGCCAAGUAGGGGCUGGGCAACGAGCUUUGUCCAGCCCAGCUGGGGACUCUGCAGCAGGGCAGGGUGUGGGGCUGGGCACUGAUGCUGCCGUGGCCAAGAGCAUCCAUAAGGUGCUUUGUCCCGUGUCACAGCGUCGGGACCAGGCAGGAUGCCUGGAUCACCCCCAAAAGUGAUGCAGGGGGCUGGUGGUAGGGUAGAGAUGGGCUAUGCGAUGGGUGGAAGGACACUGCAGGUUGCCCAGGCAGUGAACCAAGGGUGGUGGGGCUGCAGAGAUCACUGUGGGAUGGGGACCCAAGAUGAGCUCCCACUUCCCCGGGGCCGUGCUGCCCUCCCCCGGCAGUGGGGCCGUGCUGCAGCGGGAGAGAGCAUCAGCACCUGCCCGGGCAGGGGCACGGGGACAGGCUCCCACCCCCCCCCCAAGCCCCGCCAAGCCCUGCCAACAGGCCACACACAUGCAGGACAGGCUCCCAGCCCCCCAUGUGCCACACACACAGUGUGCGGCCCCCCCUUAGACCCAGCUGUGUGUACAACACUGUCUGUCUCAAGCACAUGUA